AUGUCGAAAACCAAAGUCUUGUUAGUCGGAUCAGGUGGUGUUGGUACCAUUGGUGCCUAUAGUUUGGAAUAUGCAGGUAAGUCUGAAGUCACUGUUGUAGUAAGAUCAGACUAUGAUAUUGUUAAGGAAAAGGGUUAUGAAAUUGACUCUUGUGACUAUGGUAUCAUUAAGUCCUUUAAACCAACAAACCUUGUUAACAGUAUAGAAGCGGCCAAGGAAUUUGGCCCUUUUGAAUUUAUCGUCAUAACCACUAAGAAUCUUCCAGAUGUGUUUAAGAUCGAAGAGCUUAUCCAGCCAGUUGUUACCAAGGAUAGCGCUAUUAUUUUGAUUCAAAACGGUAUUGAAAUUGGUGCUCCAAUUCUCGAGGCAUACCCAGAAAAUAUUGUGUUAAGUGGUGUUCAAAUGAUCGGAUCGUCAAACCGCAAUGGGAAAAUCUUGCAUACUAUAAAGGACAGCGUAAAGAUUGGGUACUUCGAGAACAAGAACUUACCAUUGGAUGUCCAAAAGGCCGCUUGUGAAAAAUUUGUUGAGCUCUACAAAACAGACAAAAACCACUGUGAAUACGAUGAAGACGUCAAAUUCACCAGAUGGCGUAAGUUGGUGUACAAUGCUACUUUCAAUCCACUUUGUGCAUUGACCGAUACCGACUCUGGUAGAAUGGAAUUAUUUGGGGGGGUAGACACUGUAAUCAGAGACGGAAUGAAGGAAGUUUUGAAGGUUGCUAAAUCUGAUGGUGUUGAUCUUCCUGAAGAUAUCAUGGAAUUUAUGAUUAGAUCUGAUGAUGGUGUGUACUAUGCUCCUUCCAUGCAAGUGGAUUACCAAAAGGGUAACUACAUGGAGCUUGAAGUGAUCUGUGGGAAUGCCUUGAGAAUUGCUCAAAAGAAUAAAAUUGAUACUCCAGUUUUGAGUUUGAUUUACAACUUAUUGAGAGUUUUACAAAUGAAGAUUAAAGAAGCUAAGGGUGCCAUUGUUGUUCCAAAGGAAAGACCAAUCCCAAGUCCCUCGAUGAUUUAA